AACAUUCCGUCUUCCGCUAUCGACCGGACCGGUGUACUGUUUAGUUCGCGAUGUUUUACGAGAUGCGUGACAAGCAAUAUGAUUCCGGGUCGUCAUGCCUGGGCCGGUGCUGGGUGUUGGUGGCCAUGUGUGGGUUACUCAUCACUGUAUCGUUCAUCGGGAUGACGCUGUGGCUGGGCAUGAACAGCAGGCCGGAUGUGCCGGCGGCCGUGUACCAGCCACCUGUACACUCAGUUCCCAACGUGCACCGACACCACUACGAAGUGACCACGGUCAAGUCAGUAUUUCCGACAGCCGACUACGAUUCGAUGCCCACCACGAGCAUAAAGAACAAAAAAGGUAGGAUUGAAAUAGUCGAACACGAAAAAAUUGCUAAAAUAGAACCGACCACUCCGACUACGAGGGUCAAGGCUAAGCUAGAUGACGGUUUGAAUCCGCUAGAGGAGAUCAUUGAGCCGUCCAGAAUGAAUGGGGUAAGAAAAAAGAGUGAAGUAGUGUAUCCAAAUUGGUCCGAAAUGGAAGGAAAAACCGAAGACGAGGUCGUGGAGCCGUCGCAAGAGUUUCAACCUUAUUWCGUGAGCGAGCAACCUGACACACAAAAGUUCAACCCUAUACCUGCGUUCUCGUAUCUCAAAGAACACCCAAUCCGAUUGUCAGGAAAAGACAUCCGACCUCCGGGCACAACUGAAAGUGAUGAGUACCCUUAUUUCUAUCCUCAGUUCGAGGACGUAACGCCCGCAGACGAGAAAGCCGCAAAUCCAGUAUUUACGUUUUUGCGGAAAAGGUUACAGGACGUUCGCGAUUGGUUGGCUCAGUCAGGUAUCCGAAAGAAUCAGAGUCAAUGGAUUCAAAUGGUCGAUGCUGUUAAUCAAUCGCUAUAYACGAAAAAUGCCACAAUCGUAUUGUCUAAACUUCGAGAAAUGUACGCCAACACCAGUGAUGUAGCUGCCGACACGCCCGUAGCUAGCUUAAUUUAUCCAGCAGCCGCUAACGAUUCCGCUGCCAGCCUAGUUUCGUUCGGACUGUUGGCCAUCGAUCUUUUUCUUUUGCACAAUGUACAGCAAAUUGCCCUCAACGAAGACGCGGAAGCCGGGCAGCAAAUGCUUAACGACCCAGACGUGGUAGCAUUGAAUGCGCUGUUUUUGCCUCCAGACCGUGUUAAACAACUGCGGUCGGCCAAUUCGAGAGUGUUAUCGGACGAUCGUCGUGACAGGAACCCCAAAGGAUUCGUAUCUGAAUUGAUGGAGUUUGUCAACGGUGGUUUAAGAGCCAUACUUAAUCUUAGUAGGGCGUACAGGAGCAGCUCUCGAGCGGCCAAAGCUGAAGGAAAAAGCGUUGGUGAUAACCCAACUGCUAGCGGAUCAUCAUUGGAUUGCAUUUGGACGUUAUACUGUCGAAAUUUAGACAAGACUGCUAAACUGGACGGACCUUAUGGCUUUUUAGCGAAGAUGAACAGCUUGGGCUUGCGUUUAAUGAUGGGUGAAUUUCCCGUUGAGAGAGCGCUGGAGCAUCUGAUCAAGGAAUCGGCACAUGGAUGGCKGAGAUUGAAUUGUGAUCGGCUUUUCCCUAGAUGUAAUGGGGAAGAAGCUAAGGAGGUGGUCAUCGAGACGGCACUUGGUCAAAACCAGUCCGGCGAUUCCGAAUCAUCGUAGUUAUCUCCAAAUAACCAUUUCUUUACUCCAUCGUCGUAUACUAUAAUACUGCCAGUGAGCUCGCUAAAAGAUCGGAUGAACUUUUUAUGUGUUUUAUCAAUGUGCUUAACCUUAACGUAAAUAGAGAGACACGAUAAAAGCGCACUCGACCUAAUCUUUCAGCAACCUCUGUGGCUCUGUUUAUAAAUCAUAUCUGACUUACGUCCAUGAUACGAUAUAAUAAUAACAUUGCGGCGURAACUCGAAAAUAAUAAAAUAUAUAAUUUAAGUGUCCGUCGUUACUGAAAACUAGUUCCUCUGAAAAAUACUGUGUUAUAGGUAUUUCUAUAAGAAAAUAUAUUACAAAUUAUUAAAAAAAAAAAAUGUUUGGUAGUUUAUAACGGCAAAAACGUUUUUUGUUCCCACCUAAACUAGCCGAUAAAUUUGUUCCGAUGCUAUCAGUAAUUUUCUAAAUCGAUAUCAUCUCAAACUCUAAAUUGCCAACUGUUAUUUUCGGGAAAAACAAACAACAGGGGAUUCAUCAUUAUUUAUUUCAUUUUUUUAUUUCGUCUGUUGUUAUACUUUCCAUUUUUUUCAUUUUCUAUAAAUUUCUUACACCUUAAAAGUAUUCAAUAUAAGGAACACCCGUUGAUAUUUUAUAUCAGUCAUAACGAACCGUAGUUCUGUGUUAACAGUAGAUUUGACUAUUAUUCGAUGUUGGUAGUUCGAUUUUAAAAUAUAUUCUUGCCUAUUCAGCGAUAAAAAUAAUUGCAUAGUUUUUAUAAACUAAAAAAUAAUC